AUGUACCACUACUUGGUGGAUGUGCUCAGACGAAACCGCAGCGAGGCGGAUGCGCUCAUCGCUCGCAGUGAUUCCGCUACCACAGCGGCUGAAGCGGCACGCAAUGCGCGUCUGCGAGAGGAGGAGAAAGCUCAGCGGGUACUGCAAGAGCGUCGGCGCAUCUACGCUGAUUUCAUGACUCGCACAUCACUUGGCCGUGUGCUGGCGUACCACAUGCCCGCGGCAGAUAGCAUGACCAUUGCACCCACAACCACCUCUGCUGUUUCUCAGUCAUCCGCGUCUUUAGAUGCACGCGCAACGGACGCCUCCUCUUCUCUGUUGAGGGGAGGUGAGCGGCGCGCAUCGAUGGAGGCUGGUCUGGCACAUACGAAGCUGGAGCUGACCAUGUACGAGGUGCUUGCGCCUUUGCUCUCACAUGGGACAGCCGUGAUGACGCGACGAGUGCUGGAGCUGGUACCCCAGUCGGCGCCGGCAGUGCCUGAGCCUGCGUUCUGUGAGCAGGUCAGCUCAGCCUUCUGCCAGGCCUCUUCUCCCCCCCUUCAGAAGCCGUUUGUCACCCUCGAAGAGGCCAAGGAAACCUCGCUGCCAUUUCUGCUGGUGCUGGUGCAGCUCCGUCGUUGGCAAGCAUGCCUGACACGGCUGUCUGCGACCCUCUCCGCAGGAACUGCCGUUUGCAACGAAAGCACCACAACCACCUCGACUCGACUCACAAAAGCCUUGCAGCAGCUCAGCCACAUUCUCGUCGCCAUCACCUGUGCCACAGAGUUGCAGGCGGCGACUAUGCGCAGCCACCUCGGCCUUCUCAGUGACGCAGCCACUUCUUGUGUUGCAACGACAUUGCAGUGUCUGCACCGUCUCAUCCGCGCGCGUUGGACGGAUGAGUUCUCGCUCCCGUUAGACAGGGCUCCCGCGGUGUCUGCGCUGGCGGCGGAGUCGCUGCCAGAAGGCGAGGAGGCAACUGAAGACAGUGACAGGCGAGACGACACGAGCACGCCGCGCUCUGUGUCUGCAGAGGUGGUAGUGACACAAGCGUGUCGUCUUGUUUCUCUUCUUCUUUAUUGGAUGCAUCUGGUGCACGACAUCUCCACUCCGUCCUUGGCCAUCGGGGAACUUUUCCUCACCGCUUCCACAGCGCGGUUCAACGCAUAUGCUGCGACGGUGGCAAGCGCAAAGCAAGCUACCGAGGGCUUUGCGGAGGAGUCGCGGCGGUGCACCGGCCUAAACAACGCGGCCCUACUCCUUCAGGCUAACGUUGCGCCCUCUGUUGUUCCUCUCGUAAUGCUGUCGCUGUCGGCGAGUGACGCGAGCGGUGGCAGUAGGGGAGGGGAGUCCUCCAGCGUGGGUACCUCGCUUCCUCUCGCACCCUCCCACGAUGUUGCCGGCUCCUUAGUUGCCCUUCUUUUGUUUGCGUCAAAGGGCGUCGUCGAACAUGCUCAGCCAAGCAGUAAAGCGAACACGGUGAUGGUUGAGCAGUGUACAGUUGAGGAAGAUUCCGAUCUCGGCCUCAUCGUGGUGCUGACCUCCCGCUUGCUGCGCUACAUGUUCGUUGCCGUCGCCUCGUCGCCAUUGGAGCAGGUGAGGAACGCGGCUGGUCCGUUGCUGGGCGCCCUUAGCAUCCUCCUUGCUCGCUUCAUCGCUGGUGACCGGAGCCAGUCAGAUCCGCCCGUUGUGAUGAAGAAGACAAGGGCAUCGAAGUCCGCUAGUCUUCCCAGCCGAGUCUCGCAACAGCACCCCAGCGCGGCUGCGGACUUUGGCUUCCCGACAAGGAAUUUGCGUUUCUUCACAUCCCAGCCACUGACACCUGUGCGUAGCGGCGAUAACAGCAGCGCUUCGAUUCCACCAGAGCAAUCUGGGCAUCUGACUCGGCAGCUGCGUCUGCUUGGAGAGCUCUCAUGCGGCCUUGUGCUACUGACAACGCUCUUUCAGAGGAAUGCAACGACGGUGUUGGACAUCAUGGACCAUUCCUUCUUCUUCGAUGCGCUUGUGACAGCGCUGCAGGUGGUUGGCUCUCGAUUCACGCAACCGUCACAGCAGGAGGCGAUGGCGGUGGGUGUUUCAGACGCAGCGGGACGGCGGGGGCCAGAGGCGUGGGCGGACUGGGUGCGUGGUGUUGAGGUCGUCGCGGCGAAGGGGACGGUUGCGGAGAGCAUGUCCGUCCUCCUUAACCAAGCACUCGCGUGCCCAUUGCACUUUUCCUUGACCGUGCUGUCGAGCAACCCUUUUGUGGAUGAGUUCCUUCAUGCCUACCUUGGCUUACUGGCUGCGUGUCGUUUUGUGCGCUCCGCUCCCUCGUCUUUCAUUGCGCCACCGCAACGAGUCAUGUCACUAGGGAGCAACGGCGCCAUAGCCGCGACGAGUACCGCGCCGGUAUGUGACGGUCGGGCGCUUGACACCCUCGACCAACUGGAGCUGACCCUCGUAAAGACGUUCUUGACCGCGUACGACACGCCUGCUAAGUGCGCCACUGGUGCUGCCGCCGCCAUGGAGCUCUCCACCACGUUGCCACUGUUUCCAGAGCAGGACUCCGUCAACUCAGAGACCACUGAUGCGUGCUAUGAUAGCGAUGACGUGAGCGUGGCUGGCUCCUUGACGUUUCCCUUCGCGUCCUGCCUCUACAACCUUCUUCUUAAGCACGCGCUGUGGUGCCUCGACGCUCAAGAACGACGCCGCGGCCAGUCACCACCAUCGCCUUCACCACGUUUAACGCCACAGCAGCCGCCGCAUCUCGCACCUCCGCUGCUUCUGCCUUCUGCGCCCCCUGUCAUGCUGCGCCGGUCCCCAGGCCCCCCCUCCUCAACGGCGACGAGCACGCCGCUACUGGUAGGGCAGGCACCGCCCACACAACCGCCCCUCUCCUCACUGUUUUCAGCGUCAGUCAUCUCGCCCGCAAACGUGCAGCAAAGCAUUGCAGCCACGCUUCCAGGUGGCAGCAGCAUCGCCGCAGUCACUAGUACCGGCCGCAGCGACGAGGAUCCUUUUUUUUUGUUUUUGGUGCGCCAUGGCCUCUUCCGCAUCCUCCUUUACGACAGUCAUUUUGCGCCUGCCUUCACCUCAGUCGAGCCGACGGCCACCGUCGACACCGCCAACUCCUCUAGGGCGCACGACAACGGCGGAGAGGCUGCAGAGAGGGGUCCCACGACUUGGGAACGCUCCUACCUUGUCCUGUACCUUCUGUCGCACUGCCUGCAGCUGCGCGCGAGUGAGGGCGGCUCGGGCGGCGGUGAGCUGACCGCUCAGCCCCCUGGUGCACAGGAUAGUUGCAUUUCGGCGAGUCCGACUGUUUUGCAGCGCCAGGCUUGCAGCCGGAAUGGCAGCAACAAAGCACUCUCCGUCGAUGAGCAGCAGGUAGCGCAGGAAACAGUGGAGGCGUUGAUGGUGGUCUUGCAGGCGUCCUCUCCGUUGGUUUCACUGUCUUGCCGUGCGGUUCUGCAACGUCGUCGUCGCCGCUGGUGCCACUGCCUUCUAGCCCUCUUAACAGCCGCAUCGGCGGCGUCCGGCGCGUGCGCCUUUGUCCCGAUCCCCGUGGGAGAGGAGCGCUACGCAAGGCCGGAGGUUGACACGUCAGGUGCGGCAGGCACGAAGACGACACCAGCAGCGGCGGCAGCGGUAUGUGGGGCGCUUAUUCGAGCUGGAGGGGUCGAAUUUCUUCUACGCGCUGCCGCCGCCUCGGCCAACGCGGGAGCCGCUGUCGAACACGCCGGCAUCGUUUCUGAUGCUUGGGCGAUGCAGGCGGUACGAAGCCUCGUCACUGACUCGGCGGCUUGUGUUUACAUGGCAACAAACUGCGUAGAGUCGCUCCUGCCACCGCUUCUGUGGCAUCCUUUGCUGCGCUCAGAUGGGCAGCGGCUGCUGGAGACCCUCUUAUGCCAACCACUCAUCUACUCGUGCACGGCUGUGGGUAUGGAUGCGGAGAGGAGGGAGGAGUUGCUGUCGACGUUGGCGUCCACUGGCCAAGUUGGCAGCGAUAGCGCUGCAGCAGCUGUGCACGCAGUGCCACAGCACUGCCGGAGGCUCUGCGAAGGUAUCUGGCGAAUGCUUUGUGACUGCGUGAGCGGCCCUGCGCCGGGGGGCAGUGGGCAUGAGAUGUCGAAUGCCAUCACCUCUGGGCCGCACGCCUCUUCCUCCACGUACGCUGAUAAAGGGACGCGCCAGGCCGUUCUGCGCGCCGUGCUUGGCGCGUUGGAAGUUGCGUUUCGAACACUGAGUGGACUGCGACGCUUGAACACCGACGAGCACUGCGGCGAGCUGCUGCCGCUUCGCACAUUGCAGAGGGCCCUGUUCGAGGCGAACAAAGGCCGCGGGUUGCACAUAUACGAACUUCUGUUGCAGAGACUCACCCAGCCGUGGAAAGCGGCGGAUGGCUCUGUCGCACCAUCACGACCGCCUUCACUGAACAAAUCGGAUGACGUGGAGGUGGCACUCUCGCCCCCCUUUCCGGUUUCCUUUCUUAUCGCGGGACCGGAUGCAUCCAGUGCGCCAGGCACUUCACCAACACAGACUACGGGAGCCGCAGCAGACGCUGUCGCCGCCUUUCGUGCAGAACGCGAGGUGGUGCGGUCGAUUAUCAUCGUACUCGUUGGUAUGACACUGGCGAACCCGUCCCAGCGUGAGGUUCUGUACCGCACCACCGUCGACGAAGAGGGACUGGUGAGCUGCAUCGUUAACUCGUGGGGCACGACAAGCUGCAUCGGAGCACUUCCACUUUCUCACCCGGUGAGCGAAGGCGACGCGUGUGGGAUGGUGCGUGUGUGCUCGUACCUCAUUUACGAAUCAGUUGACGCCGUGGAUGUGUUCUUCACCGACGGCGCUAAGGGCGGCGUGCAGAGCGCCGGACCACAGCCUCGUGGCUACAGCCAUGCUGAGUCGUGGCCAUGGUCUCUGCAGAAUCCAAUGUUGCUGGCUGCGGUGCUACGCUGGUUCACUCGUCUGGCUUCGUUGACAGAGGAUCAGCAGGCGGCGCUGCGCAAGCUGCUCGUCUCCCUCACCCGCACCGUAGAGUGCUGCUACGCGAGUCUCUACUUAGCUGCCAGCUCAGCUGUGCAUGACGCGCUCGCGCAGCUGCUGCCGGUGGCUGCACUGCUGCCAGAGUCUGGAGCACGACGGACUGUCUCGUCUUUCAAAACUGAGGUUGCGUUACCCCGGCUCGAUGCCGUACUCGUCCGUCUCCUUGUCUUGCUUACUCGCUGCCACAUUGACGUGCGGCAGCUGAAGCAACUGCUGAUGCUGGUGAUUCACUCGAGGCGCCAGCGAGACCGCAAGCCACUUGUGCCUCUUGUUUUACAAGUGUUGAGUGAGGCUGCCCAGCCGCACCUCAAUGGAACGCUUUGUCAAGCGGUUCGCCGUGAUCCAGGACACUUCGUCGCCCUCCACCGUCGGCGUGGUCCUGCUGGGUUCCGUGCCGCGCUACCCGACUUCCCUCUUGAAGGUUAUUCGGUUUCUCUCAACCUGCGGUGGGAGGGUGAGGUGACGUCACGGGAUACAGCAGCGCAGACCACUGCGGGCGACAUGACGCUGCACCAGAGGGACUGCUGCGUCUGCAUCUUCUCUCUCCGUACUGCCGACCGCGCGACGCUGCUGGCAUUCAUGGUGGAGCGGCACACGGGACACCUCUUUGUGCAGUAUCGUAAUCUGCAGCAGCAGGAAUUUCGCGUGUACUUGGCAGCGUCGCUGCUGCCGCGAGAGUGGACGCAUUUGUGUGUGUCUCAUCGACCGGCGGCUUUCUUGACAGCAGCGGCCGGUGGUCAGCUUACGCUGUUUGUGAACGGUGCUGAGAUGGCAGUGAUUCCGCAGGUGGCCUACCCCCUCAUGUCACGUGGGUACCUCUACGUGGGGUGCCUCGGCCACGAGGUGGACCGCCUCAGUGUGGCGCACGCCUUUGACGGUCAGGUGUCCACGGCGUACUUCUUUCCGUACGUGCUGCCCGAGCGUGACCGUGAGGUUUUGCAGACGGCAGUGGGCCUGGCCGACACCGCGGAGUGGACGUUAUCGUCGUCAACUGUCACGGUUCUGCCGCUGCGCCCUGUCUCCUUUGCAUCUGCCCGCCGUCCCAGCUCAUCGAAGUCGGAGAGCGUCGCCGACAUGGUCGGGGUCGAGCAGUGGCUUGCUGGGCGAGCCAUCGUCUGCGUCGACACGCGGCUGAGUGACCGGGGUCAUCUCUACAAUCUGUCUGCCGUGUUGCGUGGCCGCACGGGCUGUGAAAGCCGGCUGUUCACUCUAGAAGGGUCCCUCGGAUGCUGUACGCAGCACCUGAUCGACUCGAUGAGAGCGCUAGGGGCGCUAUCGAGCGUGCUGAUGCCACUCUGCGUUGUGUUCGUGAAUCCAAGUCUUCCCAUUUCUUCUCGUGGCUUAGUUGCUGCAGCACAGCCUGGCAGCCCUCUCCACAGAGAGCCGUGCCUGCAGCCCUUACUGUCGCUUGACGCGGCCGCCAAGUCGGCCACCGUUGCCAAUGCUGAUCGAGAAAGUGACACGAUCAAUGCCACCGUGCUGCGAGUACUGAACUUGGUGCCGCCGCUCGCCUCUGCAGAGGCGAUUCGCAACGAGAUGGCCGAGGCAGGACUUUUUGUUUUUCUUGGUCAGGUGCUGCAGCUGCUGGGUCCGUCGCUGCAGGUGGUCGUACCGGCCGCUUUCGUGCAUCUACUCGAGGCACUCGCCCCGUUCCCGCGACUCAUCGAGGAUGCCUUGACGAACUUAUUUCUCUCUGCCGACGUGAUCCGGGCUGCCCCACGCGCGGUGCAGCUGGCGUGGGUGAAUGUGCAGCGCUUUUUUCUGAGUCUACACCCUGACGCGCUGCCAUAUCUGCGCACCCUCGGCGCAUCCAUGUUCGUCGCGGCGGAACUGCUGCGCGUGACGGCGGAGGAGGCGAGCGAGCAGGAGUCGGCACAGGAAGGAGCUCUUGUGCCCGUGCAAGCACAGAAUGUCGUGACACGCGAGCUACUCUCGUCUUCUUCGUCCACCUCGCGUCUCAACUCGGUGUUUACUAGCAACGUCUCCGGAGCGUCUUCGUCGUCCCCGCGCUCUCCCUUUUCGUCUUCCCUACCGCCACCGCCGCCGCCGUGCUCGCUGCAGGACCUGGAGAACCAGUGGAUGACCUACUUCGAGGCCCUCACUGUUGCGCCCGUAACCCUUGCUGAUGCCGAGGCGCUGCAGUACUUUGUCGCGAAUUUGCACUUGACGUGCUCCAAGGUUUCUGUUCAACUGCGCCUCUUACGCCGCGUGCGUCGGCUUCUCGUGGCGAGCACCACGCCGUAUCUUGCCCAGGUACUGGGACGCAAGAACUACGUUGUGAGUCUGAUGCCAUACCUCACUUCCACCUCCGAGGCGGUGCGGCUUGAUGCACUCCUCCAGCUUCUCUUCAUGGUAUUCCGCUCGAAGCGCACACAGGAACUGAUGAACCCGCUGCUGCUGGCGAGCAAGGAUACUGUUGUGCACGUCGUCGAGGAGGUGUCCUUGUCAUGGUUGAAGGACGUGCUGCAGCAGUUUCCAGUAAACCUGCCAGUGUAUCUAGCGCUGCGCUGCGGCUUAGUGGGGCGCUUCGACGUGCUGGAUCUCCCUACCCAGUACGCCCCACUGGACGAGUCGCACACGAUCCGGUUUGCCGCGGUGCUUUUGCCGUUGUUAAUGUUGAUGAAACGCAGCACCAGCACAAAGCUCAAGGAAUACGUGCUAACCGACAUGGCGGUGUUGCUUAAGAGCGACACCCAGGCGUGGCGACGUGUGAUUACAGUCCGCGGCUGGUACGUGUCAGUGGUUAGCCUUUUCGCGUCCCCGUGCACAUCGUCGCCUGUAUCUGCGCCCUCCUCACCCCGGGAAGCACAUGCGUGCCAGGAAUCCAGUGUGCCAGAUGCACCUAGCUCCCCACCGAUCCCUGCGGUCUCUGCCGCGAGCGAAAGAGUGCAGUCACAGGAGUUUGGACUCACCUUUACUACCACCUCCAUGAUUCUGUCCCACACCAUCUACCAGGCGCUGAUGCACGAAUCGUACGGGGCAGCAGAGCUGGAGCUUGUGGUGGCGUACCUGCGGGAGCAGGGCUUGCAUCAUCUCUUGCAUCAGGUACUGUGUAGGGUUGCUGACCGCUACCGCAGUCGUUUGAUGGAGUCGUGGCGUGGGAAGCGGCGUGGCGGCACGGACAAUAGCGAAGGACCGAGCGCGCCACCGCCGUCGACCGGAUCUGCGUUCUUAGAGCUUGGCGGCGCUACAGCCGUCAUGAACCUGUGCCAUUUCCUUCGCGUGGUCGAGACUGUUCUCUUCUACUCUAGAUUGCCUCUGAGGGGUAAGGCGACGAUGAUGGCCACUGUGCAGCCCACUGUGUCGCCGUUCACGCUAGCCGGAGCUGCGUUGGGCGGGGAGGACUUGGCCAUGCACCUACCUCCUCGUGUCGGGUACACGGAGUGGGAGGAGCUGACGCUGGUGCGGGCGGCAGGUGACCCGCACAGUGGCGUUAUGGAAAGUGCCGUGUACUAUGCCGGGGAGGUGGACGACCCUCACGGCGACGUGAGGCGCGCUGUUCUUCGUUGUCCAGACGGCCGCUGGUUGCACCUUCCGCUCGCCACCAAGUGCGCGGAGCUGUUGUGCAGCCACAGUACCUUGUUGCAUCUCGGCAGCAAUGGCAGCACCACGAGUCUUUCUGUCGGUAGUGCUGGCUCAGUCGUUGGGUCAGGCGGCGGCGGCAGUGGCAGGGCGGGGGAUCUGCUGUGGUCGGUGGUGCUUGGCGCGUCCGCCGGCACAAGUGUCAGCACCCCUUCGAGCCCCACGGCCAGUGGCGUAGGUGGGGUCGGGGUCCACGCUGGUGGCGGUGGCGCCACUCCAGUAGUCCUACCAGGAGGUUUGCUGCGCCUGUUUGGCAGACUCUUCAAAGUGCUUUGCCAAAUGACGCUGCGCUCCGGCACCGCCCUGACCAGCGUGGUGGAGCUCACGGAUGCUUUUGUGCGCUGCGUCGAUCGGGGACAGCGCGGUGGCGGCUUUCUGUUGCUAAAGCGCGCUGCGAAUGCUGAUGACGCGCGCGAGCACUCCCCAAUCGCGAUUACUAUGACGCUGAUCUACUCUCUGCACAACCUGCUCCUGCGCCGCCUCUACGCUGCCGAGUACGGCGAGACUUCAAAGCACCUCAACGCCAACGCCGCCCUCGUGGAUCGCCUCAAGUCGCUCGUGAAGAUUUUUCGGUACUCCUUCGAACAGUUGCCCAUGUUCGCCUUCUCUUCGAGCAGUAGACGCGGUCUUCAAUCAUCGGGCUCUCAGCAGUCCUCUCCUGGGGAGACAGCUGCGUGGCUCACGUGUGGUGACAGCGAGGAUUCUGGUGGGGCCUGCAGCUCCAGCCGUGCACUGUCCAAACCGACAUACCUUGACGGCCUCACAGACGAAAUACUCACAGCAGGUGUGACCACGCUGCAGUGGCUCUGCGACCACCAAGCCAACCCACGCCGCACCGUCGAAGCCUUCGCUGAGGUGGCGUCGCGCGUGGACUACAAUACUUUUGCGGAGCGGUGCCUCCUCGCCGUCGAGCGGGAGCAGUUGACCGACAAGGCGCUGGCGGUUAAACUUUGGGCAGAGCAACAGGCAUCGCUCCGUCGGCUGCAGGGGCUUUUUGCGGAGAACAGCAUGUCUCGUAGGCUCGUGCAUGACAAGAUUCAAACACUCAUGGCUGUCUUCAACUUCCCCAACACGAUGAGCGCCAGCGGCGAGACGGACAGCGGCACUACCACCGCCGACCGCGAUGGGCAUGGCAGCGUGCACGCCAACGACUUCACCACUGCGUCCUUCACGAGUCUCUUCUUGCCAUCUGCCGCGAGGCAGGCCACCGCUGCGGCCCGGUCCAGGACGUGGUCGCGCUUUACUGUUACGCUGCGCGGCACCGUUUGGUGUGUUGACGCUGUCGGUUUGCCCAAUCCCCUCAAGUACGUGAAGCUCUCCCCACAGGAGCAACAGUUCCUGGUGCGUCGCAAGCUGGUCUACGACCGUGACGGCACGAACUACAGUGGAAAGGCGAUGGCCUCUUACUCAGGACCUACUUCGCCGCUAAGCGGCAACGUGUCGUCUGUCAACCUGGCUAGCUUCAGGGCCAUGACCGCACUCCUAGGAGAGGAAGGGGAGAGCGAUGGAAGCGCGAUCGGUGGUGAUGGUGGUUUGACUUUCGGCGGCCCCACGAGCGCCAGCGCCAGCCACGCCUCGCGCCUGCGUCUUCGCGGCGGCGAAGGUGUGCUGUUGCAGGCGAUUGAUGGCGACGACGCCGGACUGGAGGAGGACACGAUGAACCUCAAUCUCGACGACAGUAACGUGUCCGCCGCAACGGCGGCCUCGUUCAGCGAAUACCAGCUCCUGCAGGAGGAGGCUGUGACGAUGCCGAAGCGCGCCAACCCGGAGCCAGCCUCUAAGGUUGACGACACCUCUGCUGCCCCAUCACUCCUCUCUGCUCCUUGCGAGGUGCCUUACCUGAUGCACUGUUGGAGCGGCAGCUUCACCGUGCGCGGCUCAGAGGUGAUUGUGCUUAUCGACGACGUCAACAAGGCAUACAACCAAGUGGUCGCCGAGGAGGCGAAGGCGUACGUGCUGCGUCCGCGCUCCUUCAGCUUCCAUCUGAGCAACAUCGCGCAGAUCGCCCCAGCCCGCCGUUUCCGCAUGCGUCGUACCGCGCUCGAGAUUUGGACGCGCGACCGGCGUAGCUGCUUUGUUAACUUUGCCGACAGCGCUACCAUGAACGCGGCGCUGCAGGCGGUGCGAUGUGGCGAGAGAAGCAGCUAUAUGCUCACGGCACCGUCGUUUCUGCGCGACGCACCCGGGACAGCCACCGCGGCGCUGCCAGCCCUACUCUGCGAAGGCCCCGGUGGCGUCAGCCGGCACAGCGCGUACGUGCUGCAUGAGAAUCCGCGGCGAGAGCCUCUGCGCUUGCGGGCUACGGCACUGUGGCACAAACGCCUGCUGUCGAACUUCGACUACCUCCUUGUGCUGAACCUCUUGGCGGGGCGCUCGUUGAACGACAUGACACAGUACCCCGUGUUUCCAUGGAUUCUCUCUGACUACACGAGUGAGACGCUUGACCUUACCAACUCGGCGACGUUCCGCGACUUGUCCAUGCCGAUGGGCGCCUGCGGCAGCAACGAUCGCCGUGAGCUGGUGCAGCAGCGCUACAUGGAAAUGCGAAGUCUGGGCGAUGUUCCGUCUCACUACUUCACGCACUACAGCUCCCCUGCGAUCACACUCUACUUCCUCAUCCGGCUACCGCCCUUCACGACGCUCGCGCUUCUUCUGCAAGGCGGUCAUUUCGACCAUGCUGACCGCAUGUUUCACUCCAUGCAGGCUACCUUCAGGGCAGUCAUGACGAGCACCCAGGAUGUGCGGGAGUUGAUCCCAGAGCUCUACUACUUGCCGGAGCUGUGCACUAAUGAGAACCGCGUCUACUUUGGGCAGCGGCAGGACCGCACUGCGAUGGACGACCUGCAACUUCCUCCAUGGGCGCACGGCGACCCCUUCACGUUUAUCUACCGCAUGCGCGAGGCGCUCGAGAGCGCGCACGUGUCGACCCACCUGCACGAGUGGAUCGAUCUCAUCUUCGGGUACAAGCAGCGCGGCAAGGACGCGAUCGACGCGGUGAACGUUUUCAACUGGCACUCGUACGAGGAGCUCGACCGCAGCCGGGAGGCGAGCUCCGUGGAUCAGCAGCUUCUGGUGGACUCGCUUGAUAACAUUGGUCAAACUCCCAUUCAGCUCUUCCGUCGCCCACACAAGCCUCGACUGCCGCUGGUGUGGGCUGACCCACUGCAACUCCCCACUCAGGUGAAGGUCAUGCCACUCCGCUGGGGCUGCGCACGUGUGGCGCGGACGACGGUGCUGUCAACUGACAGAGUACUAGUGGUGGCCGGAAGUGGUGCCGCGGCCUCGCUGCGCAUGCACUUGAACCUGAUUCAUCAAUCGUCGGUGGUGCAGAGGGCAGCAGCGGCACAGGUGCGGGGUGCAUCUGGCGGCUCCAGUGCCGACGCCACUGCCCCAUCGCAGGCCGAGCUGACGGGUACGCGCACGCCAAGUCAUGUGAACGCUACGGCGACUGCGGUGCCAGGUCGCCCGGCAACCCCUCUCCCGGCGACACCAAUCGUGAGUCGCUCUGGGCCAUCCACCAUGGAUAGCGGCAGCUUUGACGUCAGCGAGGAGUACGAGCGACGUCUUGCACCAAUUCCAGCCGGCGUCAUUCCGAACAACUCGCCAUACGCCGAUGGCUCCUGCACAGAGGAGAGCACCGCCUUUCUGUCCUACGACAGUGAAGUGUUCCUGGUGCUGGGCGGCCUCUUUGACAACUCGGUCGUGAUUCGCGCUCUCUCAGGUGCGAGCGGCGAUCUUCGACUGCGCGUGCACCGCGGACGAGUCGUCUUCGUUGCACGCAGCGAGGACAGCCGCUAUCUCGUGACAGGCGCCGAGGAUACCACUUUCGCUGUGUGGUCUUGCCUGCCUCAACCGACGCGGCAGCAGUUGGAGGUGAAACUGCUCUUCACCAUCUACGGCCAUGAGGACAUGCCGUCAGCGGUGGACGUGAGCAGCACACUGGACGUUGUCGCGACCGCUUCUCUCAACGGUACCCUGAUGCUACACUCGCUGAGCACUGGGGGACUGGACCGCGUUAUUCGACACCCGCACGGUGCCCCCAUCCACCGCGUGCUGCUGCAGAUGACGUGCUACGUACCUAACAUCGUGUUCCUUUCUCACCAAGAUGAGAAGGUGUACCAGUACAGCCUGAACGGCACUGCGCUGCGUACUUUUUUGCCACCUGGCCGAGUGGCGACGUGGGCCACGACUGCCAACCAAUGUCUUCUGCUUGUGUGUCAGCCCUUCGCCAGCGUGCCGAGUGACGGCAGUGCAUCGGCGCCUGGAAGCGAUCCACACGAUAGUGAUCAGACGUCGUGCAUUUUGUACCUGCACUCCUUUUUCUUGGAGGUGCUCAAGACGGUGCCGCUGCGAGGCGAGGACGUUGUGUCUAGCGUCUCAGCGCAUCCAUCCGAGCUACAGGUGGUGGUGGCAGGCACAGAGUCUGGACGGCUGUUGCUGCUGCGCUCCGUGUUGGUGUAG